AGUUUUUUUGUGUUCGCAGAAGAAUCGACGACGGCAUGGAUGGCGCUGUACUGGCUGCUAUUCAACGUGGCCCAGACGGUGGCCCUCGUCAUCACCGUGCUGUACUGGCUGCUGCUGUACGACCCCGAGACGACGGUGUACCCCACGGCGGAGGCGCUGGGGCGCGACGUGGCCACGCACGCGCUCAACUCGGUGCUUACGCUGGCCGAGCUGCUAACUGCUCGGACCCCGGCGCGCGUGGUGCACGCAUGGCAGCCGCUGCUGCUGGCAACAGGCUACGUCGCCUUCAGCGCCGUCUACUACGCAGCCGGCGGCACUAAUAGGUUCGGCGAAUCAUUCAUCUACCCGAUGCUUGAUUGGUCGGCGCCGGCGGCGGCGGGCACUGUGGCGGGCGCGUCGCUGGCGGGCGCGCUGGGUUUGCAUCUCCUCGUGUGUCUGCUGGCGCGCGCGCGCUCCGCCGCGGCCGCGGUGCUGCUGCGCCCGGGGAAACGGGACCGAGACCGAGGGACUCAGCUACCGUGAGAGCUGUGUAAAGGCCUAUGGAGCGACAACUCCU